GUUUUUACCUUGAAGCAUCGGUGACCCAUUGCUACUAGAUAAGGAGGCUCGUUAAGCGAAAAGGUACUCAUUGUUUAUUUGAUUUCAGGAUUGUGCAUAAUAUAUUAAAGCGCCUAUUCUAUUGUAUGCGCAACAUAAUAUAACACAAUCCAACGCAAGAUACUGCAUGGUACACCUGCCUUACGUUAAUGGGAUAUUAAACCUCAUGGGUCGCAGUACAACUGGUCAAUCUAGUCCUGUGAUUGAAGUUAAACCGUCAUUUUGUUGGGAUUCAAUGUUGGUACGACUAGCUGGAUUCUCUGGGGCAUUGGCUGUUAUUGCGAGCGCUUAUGGUGCUCAUGGCUUCAAAGAUGAACAAGAUAAACAAAGACAAAUUUUCAAAACUGGGGCUUAUUAUCAUUUGGUUCAUUCGGUGGCUUUGCUAACCACGCCUUUAUUCAGACGUCCUGUUUUGUCUGCUACUCUUUUCGCCACUGGAACUCUACUAUUCUCUGGUUCAUGCUAUUAUGUGGCUCUAACUGGAGAUGAUCGAUUUUCUAGAAUAGCACCUAUUGGUGGCAUGACCCUUGUGUUCGCCUGGCUUUCUUUGGUUUUCUAACAAUUGCGCCAACUAUUUUGAGAACUGUUUAUUACUAAUCGUUCAUUUUUCUACAAAUUAAUCGGUAUACCAUAAACAUGUCAUUUUAUUUUUAUUCUCAGCAUACUAGUUAAUAAAUAGUUUAUAAUUGGAGU